CAUCAUCUUCUUGUUUCUUCUUUCUCUUUCUCUCUAUUUCUAAUUCUAUUUCUAUUUCUAUUUCUUUUUCUUCGUCUUAUUUCUAUUGAAAGAUAAAAGAAAAACAUUGGAAAACUCUGUGUUUCUAAUUCUGGAAACUGAACAUUUCUUCGUACAAAAAAAAAAAAAGAAAAAAAAAACAAGAAACGAAAUGAUUUAAACGAUAAACUUCAAGACACACGAGCCAGUGCGUUGAAAUUAAUUUGAUCAUUGAAAAACGGUGGACUAAAAUUAUAGGCCAAAAUCUUACGUGGGAAGGAUAUUUGUGAAAACCAAACGAAGAAUUUGUUAUUGUUAAUCUUCAUCCUAAUUUCUAUCGAUCGCCGAUAGGAUAGAUCAUCUAUCAUCGGGAACUUAUCGAAUCUUUGGACUGGACUGCCGACGAGAAUGCCGAGUUCCGACUGAUUACACAUGCCGUGGUCGUAGCUCUUGGGAAGGAUGUUCCACGGGGGCGGAAGUGGCGGGUACGGCGCAAGCUCCGACUAUCAGCAACAAUCUCAGCAACAACAACAGCAACACGGACAACAACUGCAAGCCCCCGUUUACGUACCUUCGUCCAGACCAGCAAUCCCUUCUGCAGCCACGGCAGCCCAAUAUCAUUCCUUUGCCGGUUCUGCUUCACCUGCGUGGGAGAAAACGGCGUCUUGGCAACAUGGCGUCGAAACGUACGCUGCCCACCAUGCAUUGGCUGGUCACACGAGUGCUUCCAGUGCAACGAUGGGUCCACACACUGGUCAUGCUCAUCCUCAUGCUGGCCAUCCUCAUACGGCACAUCCCCAUUCUACCCUCGCAGCGGCUGCACCCUUUUAUGCCCAGAAUGUCGCGAUGAUGUCCUCAUGGCGUGCUUAUGAUGGCGCUGGAUUUCAACGUGCUUCGCCAUACGACACGGCGAUGGACUUUCAAUUUGGCGAGGGUCGAGAGUGCGUCAAUUGUGGGGCAAUUUCCACACCGUUGUGGCGAAGGGACGGCACUGGUCAUUAUCUUUGCAACGCAUGCGGGCUUUAUCACAAGAUGAACGGCAUGAAUCGACCGCUCAUCAAACCGUCAAAACGCCUGACGGCUACGAGACGGCUAGGAUUAUGCUGCACAAAUUGUGGUACACGAACAACGACAUUGUGGAGGCGUAACAACGAUGGUGAACCGGUGUGCAAUGCAUGUGGCUUGUAUUUUAAAUUACACGGUGUUAACAGACCAUUGGCAAUGCGAAAGGAUGGAAUUCAAACGCGGAAACGAAAACCUAAAAAGACACCAGAACCAAAUGCCAGAUCUAGUACGGCGGAACACGAGACAACAGCAUCGAGCACGUCGUCACCUUCUAUGGGAAGAACAUUGCCCACGCCUGUCGCUUGCAAAGUUUGCGGUGAUCGUUCUUAUGGGAAACAUUAUGGCGUUUAUUGCUGCGAUGGUUGUUCAUGUUUCUUCAAAAGAUCCGUACGUCGUGGCACACUCUUCACUUGUAUAGCAAGUACAGGAACUUGUGCCGUUGAUAAAACGCGAAGAAAUUGGUGUCCACAUUGUCGAUUGAAGAAAUGCUUUUCCGUCGGCAUGAACACGGCAGCUGUUCAAGAAGAAAGAGGACCACGUAUACGAAAUCGAACUAUUUCAUCGUCGAAUAACAAUAAUUCAGACAUUAUUUGGAAAUCAAGAAACAAUCCAAGCGACUCUUGUAAAAGAUAUCUAAAUACAUUCGAAAUUCCUUUAAUAUUUAAAACAAAUACGAUGAGUACAUCCAUAAAAUCGUUUUACGAGCCACGAACAGACAACGAUGCUUUACUUCCUGCGAUCCUACGACAUGUACAACCUCCAAGAUUCAUUGCACCUGGUGAUGCCAUUAGAUAUGAAAUUUCGGCACAAAUAUUUCUCGCUACGAUACGCGGGGCUCGACGACAUCGUGAUUUUUCAAUUCUCGACAUCGAAGAACAAAAUGUGAUUCUACGGAAAGCAUGGUCAGCGGUAUUCGUUUUACGUGCCGCUACUUGGCCUUUCGAUUUAACGAAUCUCGGUAUUACAAAUCCAACAGGAAACGAAAGUGCUUUCGUUUCUUUACAAGCAGCACGUACUACGAUCUCCAAUUUGCGUCUUGAUGACACUGAAUUGUCCAUUUUGGAGACCUUCGCUUUAUGUCGACCUGAAAUCGCUCGUACUACAGAUGGCAUUCGAUUGAUAAUGAAAGCAAGAGAAUCAGCUGUGGAAACUUUUAUCGGCCAUCUUCGAAAACAAGGUGAUCGUGGUCAUAGAUUAACGCAAAUUAUGUUUCUAUUACCUAUCCUUACUGGAUGCUGUCCCGGAGAAUUAUCUAAUGAUCUUUUUGCGCCUAUAAUUGGUAAUAUCGAUCUCGAAAGAGUAAUAGCAUCGAUACGAUAAUCGAUAGAUUGACUCGAUAAAUCAAUCCUAAUUGAAUACAAACGUAGAAAAUAAACAUAU